AUGGAACUCCAGCGGUCUUCAGGGAGAGGAGUUGCUGAAGCCCAGGAGCCUGUCAUUUGGCCUGGAAGCAGAGGGAACUUUCGGGGAAGCAGCAGCCCAAGAGGCCUCCCCGUAAGGCCCCACAGCUCCGAGGCUGAGUACCAGCACUUCCGCAACUGCCGCCCCCGGGAGGACGAGGGGCCCCGGGCGCUCUGCAGCCACCUGCACCAGCUGUGCCGUGAGUGGCUGCGGCCCGAGUGGAGCGGAAAAGCCGAGAUGCUGGACCGGGUGGUGCUGGAGCAGCUGCUAGCCCUGCUGCCCCCGGAGCUGGCAGGCUGGCUGCGGGAGUGCGGGGCGGAGAGCUGCGCCCAGGCGGUGGCCCUGGCCGAGGGCUGCCUGCUCUGCCCAGCUGCCUCCCAGGAGUUGGGAAAGUGGCAGGGCUUCAUAUCCUUUGAGGAAGUGGCUGUGGACUUCACCAAGGAGGAAUGGACGCUACUCAGUUGGAGCCAAAGAGUCUUGUGCAGGGAGGUCAUGCUAGAGAUUUCCCUGAAUAUGGCUGCUCUGGAAUUUCACACAAAGGCGUGUAAGUGCGUGAAAUGUGGAAAGAGCUUCAGUACAAACGGUAACCUCCUUCGCCAUCAAAUGAUCCACACGGGCGAAAAGCCAUAUCAAUGCGCUGAGUGCGGAAAGAGAUUCAUUGAGAACAGAGAUCUCACUCGUCAUAGAAGGGUCCACACGGGAGAAAAGCCAUAUAACUGCCCAGAGUGUGGGAAGGCCUUCAGAACAAAUGGUCAUCUGACUCGCCAUCAAAUGGUCCAUACAGGGGAAAAACCCUACAAAUGCAUGGAUUGUGGGAAGAGCUAUAUUGAAAACAGAGAUCUUACUUGUCACAAAAGAAUCCACACGGGAGAGAAACCAUAUAAGUGCAGAGUGUGUGGAAAGAGCUUUCCUCGGAACAGUGCCCUGAUUGGCCAUCAAAAAACCCACACUGGAGAGAAACCUUAUAAAUGCCUGGAAUGCGAGAAGAGCUUCAUUAAGAAAGGACAACUUACUUCCCAUCAAAGGAUCCACACAGGUGAAAAGCCAUAUAAGUGUAUGGAAUGUGGGAAGAGCUUCAGUAGAAGCAACAAUCUUACGUCCCAUCAAAGGAUCCACACAAGGGAGAAACCCUAUGAAUGCACAGAGUGUGGAAAGAGCUUUCUCUGUCACAGUGGCCUUUCUCGCCAUCAGAGGAGACACACGGGGGAGAAACCCUAUAAAUGCACCGAGUGUGGGAGGACCUUCAUUCAGAAAGGACAACUUGUUUCCCAUCAGAGGAUCCAUACAGGGGAGAAACCGUAUAAAUGCACGGAGUGCGGAAAGACCUUCAGUAGCAAGAGCGCCAUUGCCUACCAUCAAAGAGUCCACACCGGCGAGAAGCCCUACAAAUGCACAGACUGUGGGAAGACUUUUAUUCAGAAAGGGCAGCUUGUUUCCCAUCAGAGAUUUCACACGGGGGAGAAGCCGUAUAAAUGCACGGAGUGUGGAAAGAGGUUCGGUAGUAGCAGUGCCGUUACCUAUCAUCAAAGAAUCCACGCCGGUGAGGAAGCUGACCUUUGUGCAUACGAGGAAGAGGAGGUCCUUUCAUGGGAUUACCCCAGUGGAGCUUGGUUGCCACAGUUGAUGGCUAAAGGAAUGCUGGAACUAAAUAUGGCGGUGUACCCCA